CUCUACUGGCUCUAGCUCUGAUGAUGAGUCUGAUCCGUUUGGCCACUUUGGGUUCGAAACUACUUUACAAGUAGUCUUGUCCGACUUUCACUUUCAGGUGAUCGUGACUGUACAUUUGCGGUACUAGUGUGGCGGUGUGAGUCACAGAGUGCAGAGUGCAUGCAAGUGGUAGCCUGGAGUCGAUUUAUACAAGUAACAAACUUGAAAGUUAGUUCAACCUACUGUACAAUAUUUUGCAAGUAGCGAGUUGUGGGAACCAAGGCCAGGGCCUAGGGGCUGAACAGGGGAUAUUAGCUGGAUUGGAUAUAGUAGCAGUACCAGUAUAUAUGUACAACAACAUUGAAAUCGAGGCUUUACUUUUCCUCAUGAUCACGGACAAUCUCUUGGGUUUACGACAGCAACACUACACGGUUUGUCUGGACGCCACUUGUCAGUAAUUGGUGACUUCAAGCAUGGUUUUCGGCAGAGAAAAGCAAGCUUACACGUCCUCCGACAUACGCCGGCCAACAUUCUUUAGGUCUGAGUCCGAGUCAUCAGCGGAAGUGACGGAUGUGGACCACCCAGCUGAAGACGCGACCACGCCAAGUAAUAUCAAUUAUGAGUGUGCCAUGGAAAUGGAGGACCUCGGCAGGAGACCAACCGAUACCAAAAAUGCAAAUGGCAUGCAUAGCAGGGCACUGGAACCACUCUCUGACGUGAGUGAGACAGAGCAAGAAGUGGCAUCACCAGGUCCAGCUGGGAUGUACGAACUUGAUAAAGAUGCCGCUGAAGCUCCCACUCAAGAGCGUAGCUCUGUAACUAGUCACAAAGGGAAAAAGGACCAGACGACCAACUCAGAGCCUCCACCAACAUACGCCGAGGCCAGUAGCUCUCAUAAUAAGAUGUCAUCAUUCUUCAUUGGUCUGCCAAGGUCACUGUCACUGACUCGUGUUGAUGAUACUCCUGAGUCGGUACCACUUUCCUCCAGCAUGCAUGGACCAACGAGUUCAUGUACAGCUGAGAUCCCUCAAAGACCCAGGGUCCCACAGCAUUCAGAUAAUAUUAUAACAGCUGCAGCAGCCAACAUGCGCUACCCUAGCAGCAGACCCGAGUAUGACAUCAAGAAAGUUCACGUUGCACCAGUAGCCAAGUUCUUCCUCUUCUUUUCGAACAUGAUAGCCUCCUUUAUUGGCCUGGCGACGGUAGCAGUUGGCACAUAUACAUCGAUCACGCAGGGCACAUUCACUGACUUGAGUGGAUUCGGUACAGAUCCUGCGGCUUUGCUGAUAGUUGCAGGGUGCCUAAUACUUUUCGUCGGAAUGUGCGGUCUAAUCGGCUCCUUGAGGGAAAACUACAUGCUACUUCGAAUUUUUCACGGGACUUUGAUGCUGAUGCUGAUGUUGCAACUUAUUGGAGGACUCCUAAUCUACUUCUUGCAGGCGCGGGUGAAGAAUGCAGCUGGCAAGGAGGUGGUUGAUGCCAUCAAAAAGUACCAGACCGCCCCGCUUCCAACUGCGCUAGAUGAUGCCAUCAUUCAAGUUCAGCUGAGAUUCCAGUGCUGUGGUGCAACGCAGGCAAGGGACUGGCGUGAUAACAGCCCAUACUUUGCCUGCAACAGCCAGGAGGUGUUCGAGACCCUCUACAGUGCCUGCAGCGUCCCAGCAUCCUGUUGCCAGACAGAUGCGUUGACCAAUGCUCAGUGUGGCUACAAGGUGUUCGCCUACCCCAACAUGACUGCAACUGAGAUUGCAAAGUACCCGAGAAUAGGCGAGCGCAACACCAUCAUCUGGAGUACUGGCUGUGUGAAUGCCGUGUACGACUGGCUGAAAACAAACUGGGUCACAAUAGCUUGCGCCUGUGGCGGUGUAUUCUUGUUUCAGAUACUUGGACUAGAAGCCUCCAGGAAGCUCAUUGACUCCUUGAAGUGCAUAAAAACAAAGGGGCACUUGAUUUAGUGAUAUUGCCCUGUGAAAUAAACUAGACACUUCAGUAUGAUUUAUUGGAUGUAUUGCGCAACUGUUCAACACACGAAACACACUCAGCGUCCCGGUCUUGACCUUUUUGAUGUGUGAAUUUUAUCUCUACACUGUGCUUCACAGUUGUUUUCUGUGAGUUGUAUGGUUUUCCAUUGAGUGUUUGAGUGUUUAAGCGCUCUUGAUUGUAUUGCUUUACUGUAUUGAGCUGAGUUAUGAGCCACCUGUUUUUGUCUGCGUCAUAACAAUUUGACUGAUUCAACUUCAGUACUCUUUUCCUGCCAACUUCCUGCACAUUCAUCCCAUACUUUUUUGCUCAUAUUUACUUUUACUCCGAGCUGGGCUUGUGACAAAAUUAAUAUUAUUUUUCCUUUGCCUGUAUCUGCUCUUUACCACCACC